AUGAGGAAGCUGAAACGCGUGCUCUGCAGUCACCUGCGCCUCAUGUGGAUGGUUCUCACGGCUCUGACGGUCCUCAUCGUCGCCGUGCAGAUUCUGGGUGUGGUGCAGCAGUCCAGAAAUGUCAAAGUUAUGAAACAGUUCACCGAUGAGAAGCUCUUCAGCAUGCGGUUCACAAUCGAGUUCCAGAAAGCAUUAGCGACAACGCCGCUGCCGUGGCAACAACUCCAGUCCGACCUCGGGCCUGAAACCGAAUAUAUUCGGCAGAUAAGCCCGGGAGCGUCUGCGAGAAGCGGAACGCGUCGGCGGGAAGCUGAGAAAACGGAAAAGGUCCCCAUUACAGGCCAGCGUCUCGGGGGGAAGGCACUGUCAGAGAAAAGCCCCCUGUUUACUUCACCCAGAGGUCACGUCAACAAGUUCACCGAAAUCACACAAACACGGAGAGGAAAAGGAGGUCGACUGGUGUCAGCUGCCUCUAAACUCAAAACGAAAAAAGCUCUCCCCCUCACAGCCGCGGAUGACUUCCGGUCCGUGCGGCUUGCGCCCUCCGUGCUGACGGAGGAUCCCCGCCCUCACAGGAAGCGGUUGACCAGCAGACGCAGUGCCAGCAGUCCUCGACUGACCGGAGCGAAGCCUCAGCGCUCCGCCCCCGCGCGGGCCGCUGUGCAGACCUCGGACCCCGGCAGAGAGCUGCUGAGGAGGAGGCCCGCGCCCCCGGCCCGGUCAGCGCCGCGUCUCCCCUCCGCCGCGCCAGCCAGCGUCGCCGCGGCUGAACCCGGCCGAGGGGCCCCCGCCUGCCUGCCGCGGGGCCACAUCGUCUUCCUGAAGACUCACAAAACGGCCAGCAGCACCAUCCUGAACAUCCUGUACCGCUACGGGGACAGCAGGGGCCUGACGUUCGCCCUGCCCCUGAACAAACACUACCAGCUCUUCUACCCCUUUUACUUCGCGGCUCAUUUCGUGGAGGGCUUCAGGCUGAAGGCGGUGAAGGAGUACGACAUCAUGUGCAACCACAUGAGAUUCAUGCCGGCAGAGAUCAAAAGAGUAAUGCCAGAGGAUGCUUUCUAUUUCUCCAUCCUGCGGAAUCCAGUAUCCAUGAUGGAGUCGAUAUUCAUUUAUUACAAAGCCAUUCCUGCCUUCCGCAAGGCCCGGAACUUAGACGACUUCCUCAACAACGCCUCGCACAGCUACAACGCCUCGCUGAGCAACAACCACUACGCCAAGAACCUCCUGGCGUUCGACUUUGGCUUCGACAACAACAAUAACAUUGUUGAUAUUCAGAGGCAGGCUAACCUAUCCAUCUCCGCGAUCGAGCAGAACUUCCACCUCAUCCUCAUCUCGGAGUACUUCGACGAGUCUAUGAUCAUGCUAAAGAACGCACUCUGCUGGUCGCUGGACGACGUGGUCUCGUUCAAACUCAACAGCAGGAGCAAUAGGACCCGCCAAGAGCUGUCCCCGUUCACCAUGGAGAAGAUCAAAGCGUGGAACUCGCUGGAUUGGAAGAUCUACCAGCACUUCAACGCCACCUUCUGGCGGAAGGUGGAGCAGACGGUGGGCCUGGACCGCAUGAGGCAGGAGGUGGCGCGUCUGCAGGAGAGGAGGAGGCAGCUGAUGAAGACCUGUCUGAAGGGGGGCAGGGCCGUGGACCCCUCCCAGGUGAAGGACUCUGCCCUCAAGCCCCUCCAGUACGGGGCCGCUGUCAUCGAGGGCUACAACCUCAACCCCGGCCUGGACAGGGCCACCAGAAAGCGGUGCCAGGACCUCAUCACCCCUGAGCUGCAGUACACCACUGCGCUCUACGAUAAGCAGUUCCCCAAGCUGUCGGCGAGACUGGCCUCCACCGAGAAGGAGGCCUCUCCAUUCAAAGGGAGGACUCGGGAGGCCAGGAGACGCAUGAAUAUCCCACCCGGCUAUGAAUCUAGGACUAUAUUCUGA